CUGCGCUGGCGCAGAACGAAAGAUCCUUUCUCAAGAACCGGCAAGAUGGCGGAAGUAGAACAAAAGAAGAAACGGACCUUCCGCAAGUUCACCUACCGCGGCGUAGACCUCGACCAGCUGCUGGACAUGUCCUAUGAGCAACUGAUGCAGCUAUACAGCGCGCGCCAGCGACGGCGGCUGAACCGCGGCCUGCGGAGGAAGCAGCACUCGUUGCUGAAGCGGCUGCGCAAGGCCAAGAAAGAUGCGCCGCCCAUGGAGAAGCCCGAGGUGGUGAAGACGCACCUGCGCGACAUGAUCAUUCUGCCCGAGAUGGUGGGCAGCAUGGUUGGCGUCUACAAUGGCAAGACCUUCAACCAGGUGGAAAUCAAGCCUGAGAUGAUUGGCCACUACCUAGGCGAGUUCUCCAUCACCUACAAGCCCGUGAAGCACGGCCGGCCCGGUAUCGGGGCCACCCAUUCCUCCCGCUUCAUCCCCCUCAAGUAACCUGCUGGCCAAUAAAAGCAGAGAUUUCUCUAGACCCGA